GGGAGGGACUAAAGUGUGCAUCACCUACGGGGAAUACUAAUGAACUCUCCUCUAAGAAACCACACUGCCUGGAAUAUGAUGAAACACUACUCUAAAGCCUGAAUGAAUUUGACCUUUUUUGUGCCUAGUGUGGAGUAGCUGUGGGUGCUGAGCCGGCUUGGCGUGUAAACGGAGACAGGGUAGCUGUUACCUGCAACACCAGUGCGAUGGCGAGUCCAGAGGAUGUGAUCGAGCCAGCGGCUCAAAGCUCGACAGCCCAGAACCUGGGCAGGAGGCGCUUUAUGCAAGACAUCCACAACUUGAGUCCAGAUGAGAUUGAUGGCCUCAUGUCUAGCAGUGAGGGCCGUCCUUUCCUUGUUGUGCAUCAUCUUCCUGAGCUGAAAGAAGAAGGUGUGCCAUAUUUAAUGCCUGGUAUUCCUAUUACAUGCAGAGUGGACAACACAGAGAAAUACACUACUCGAUCAAAGGUCCAUGUUGGCACCCUGUACACAGUACGGCUAACACACGGUCACUUCCACUGGACGGUCAAAAGGAAGUACAAGCACUUCCAGGAGCUGCAUCGAGACCUCUACAAGCACAAGAUGAUGGUUCACUUGCUUCCUCUGGGAAGGUUUGCAAAGGACAGGCAGCAGCUGAGAGCCAUGUCAGAGGAAAUGCCCAGCCUGCAUGGGACUGAACGCACCAGAAGGACCUCCAGUAAAAUGAAAUACCUUGAGGAGUACCUGAACGGUUUGCUGGAGAACGUCUUCUGUAGGAAUGAUCACAGCAUGCUUGAGUUCCUCUCCGUGGGUGCUCUCUCCUUUGUCACUGAUCUUGGACCCAAAGGCUUGGAAGGGCCCAUCCAUAAGAGGUCAGGAGGCCAUCGGAUUCAGGGUCUGAACUGCAUUGGCCACCAUCAGUUCUGUUUUCGCUGGUCACGGCGCUGGCUGGUUGUGAAAGACUCCUUCCUGUUGUACAUGAACCGAGACAACGGCAGCAUCAACUUUGUGCUUUUGUUUGACCCAGAGUUCAAAGUCAAAGUUGGCCGUGCUUACACAGACACCAAAUAUGGAGUGUGUAUAGAGAACUUCACUCGGAGUCUGAUCAUCAAAUGCAGCAGCUACAGACAGGCUCAUUGGUGGAGUCAUGAAAUCAACCGGCUGGCAGAAACCUGUGACUUUCUUAAAGUGCAACGAUUCGAUGGCUUUGCUCCACCACGGGAAAACACGCUCACUAAAUGGUAUGUGAAUGGAAGUGGAUACUUCACAGACCUGGCUGAUGCUCUGGAACAAGCAAAGGAGGAAAUCUUCAUCACAGAUUGGUGGCUCAGCCCUGAAGUUUUCCUGAAGAGACCAGCUACUGAUAUCUACUGGCGCCUGGAUCAGAUUCUCAGACGCAAAGCGGAACAAGGAGUCAAAGUGUGCAUCCUGCUGUACAAAGAAGUGGAGCUGGCACUCGGUAUUAAUAGCGAGCACAGCAAGAGGACUCUUAUGAAUAUGCACCCAAACAUCAAGGUGAUGCGUCACCCUGACCACGUCUCCUCUGUGGUCUUCCUGUGGGCUCACCAUGAAAAGAUGGUGGCCAUUGACCAAACAGUGGCCUUUGUGGGAGGGAUUGACCUGGCCUUUGGGAGGUGGGAUGAUAGCCAGUACCGGCUAACUGACCUGGGUUUGAGAGAGAAGGUGGACAUUGCAAGAGAGGAGGCCACCACAACAGAAACAGUAGACAAUGGCACGGCGGAUGGUCAAAACCCCUCUGAACCAGAUAAGCAAUCAGAGCAGGACCCUGAGGAUCUGACUGGCAACACUAAACUGUGGCUUGGCAAAGACUACAGCAACUUUAUCAGGAAAGACUGGGUCCAACUGGACAGGCCGUUUGAAGAUAACAUAGAUCGUACUCAAGUUCCUCGAAUGCCGUGGCGUGAUCUUUCUGCAGCAAUUCAUGGCAAAGCUGCCAGGGAUGUGGCCCGCCACUUCAUCCAGCGCUGGAACUUCACCAAGCUCUUCAAAAACAAGUACAAGGAUGACUUCUACCCUUACCUUCUCCCCAAGUCUCACAGUACUGCCGACGAUCUCACCUACACCAUACAAGGCUCCACAAGGGCCAAAGUGCAGGUGCUGCGCUCUGCUGAUCGUUGGUCUACUGGAACCUGUGAGAGCUCAAUCCUGAACGCUUACAUCCACACCAUCGAAAACAGCGAGCACUACAUCUACAUCGAGAACCAGUUCUUCAUCAGCUGUGGCGAUGGGAAAACUGUCUAUAAUGGGAUCGGUGAUGCAAUCGUGAAGCGAAUCUUGCGUGCACACAGAGAGCAGAAGAAGUACAGAGUGUUCGUGGUGGUUCCUCUGCUCCCUGGGUUUGAGGGAGACAUCAGUGCCGGAGGUGGAAAUGCCAUCCAAGCUAUUCUGCACUUCACUUACAGGACCAUGUGCCGAGGGGAGUACUCAAUCCUGUCAAGACUUAGUGAAGUGAAGGAGCUGUGGCCGGAGUACAUCUCACUCUGUGGCCUGAGGACUCACUCCAAGCUCUCCGACUCACGUGUCACAGAGCUCAUCUAUGUCCACAGCAAGACCCUGAUCGCUGAUGACCGCUGUUAUAUUAUUGGAUCAGCCAACAUCAAUGACCGCAGCAUGCUGGGCAGCAGAGACAGUGAGAUGGCGGUGUUUGUGGAAGAUGAAGAGCGGGUCCCAUCCGUCAUGGGAGGGGAGGAGUACCAGGCAGGACCCCUCACUCUCGCUCUGCGUAAAGAGUGUUUCAGUGUCCUUGUUGGAGCUUCUACGGACCCUAGCAUCAAUAUUGACGAUCCAAUCAGUGAUGAAUUCUUCUCCCUGGCCUGGAAUGCACCGGCUAAACAGAAUGCCAUCAUUUAUGACAAGGUCUUCAAAUGCCUGCCCUACAACACAGUCCACAACAUGCGGGAGCUGAGGGAGUACUCCAGCGAGGAACGACUCUGUGACUCAGACCCUGAGAAGGCCACAGAGGAGCUGAAGGGAAUUAGAGGGCUGCUGGUCCACUUCCCCCUCAGGUUCCUGUGUGAGGAGAACCUGCUGCCCCCUCUGGGCACCAAAGAGGGCAUGGCUCCUGUAGGGCUGUGGACAUAACCACAGCUAAGCCCACGUCUGACCACUAUGUGACAGUUAAAGGGCUGCUGUAGCACACACUCCAUAAUCACCAUGUUCAGCACAGCACACUAAAGUAGUUUCAGCACUGGCACUUCAAUGAGGAAGGAAUGACAUCACCAUUUUUUAUUCACUGGCCUCUUUUACAUAUGCACUCCUGAAAAUUUCAAGAUGAUUUCAGGACUGACUGCCCCAGAAAAAAGGAUGAUGUGGAAAUCCCUGUUUAAUGUCAAAGACGACAAAGCAAUAGUGUCUAUUAGUUUUUGACUUUAUGGCAGUGCUUUUUUUGAUGGGACAUAUUCACAGUCAGUACGUUUACUUGCAUGGUUAAGUAAGUCAGUUUAACUGGAUUCAUUUAUAAAUCCAUUGGGGCAGAACAGAUUUAUUGACAACAGCUACUCCGCCUCUGCUAUGGUUGAUAGUCAUGCCCUUUUUUAGCUAGUUACUAUAGGCCUUCCUGCUGAUCUUGCUGAUGAGUUAACAAGAGACAAAGUAGCUGUAUGUUAAAUAGCAAAAACUUGAAAAAACUUUAGAUUUCGUACAUACGCUUACCAUACUUCUAGCAUAUUGAAAUGCACGCUUUUCCUCGUGCUUUACCAUGCAACUUAAGCUUGUGUCCACAGCUGCUGUUUUUCGCACUAGCAGCACACACAAGCUUAGUGUCAGAGCACUUCACACUAAUAUUGCUUGGUUGGAUGUAAAAGUCGAAUUUUGCUUUCCGUGGUAGCACCUGUAACGUUGUUUUACACAGCACCAGGUGCAUAAUAUUUCACUUUAUUCAAAAAAAUAUCACAGGGAAAACAGAAAAACAAUGAGAAGCAUUUCUGUCCCGGCAUUUGCAGCAAAGACCCAGAAACUCAACCCUCAAAGGGGUUUUCAGACAUGCAAAAAUCCUAUACUAGAGUGUUUUUUUUUUCCAGCAAUAAACCUUAAAGGCAUGUUUUGGGGACCUCUGAGACCAAUAUAAAAUUGUCUUAAAAAGGGAAAAUAUGUCCCAUUCAAGGUACUGAUAGUACAUUAAAAUGAGUGUUUUACAUUUAAAGUAAUGUAAUGAUAUUUGUUAUUAAAUUAGUUCAAAGAAAAUAAUGGUUUUGAUUAGAACUAAAGACUGAAAUGUAGGAUUUUUGCUUAGUAAAACUGGACUAAAAAGCCAUUAAGUUUUCAUGAAGCGAAACUUGACUUAAGCCUUAGAGAGAAAAUGCCUAAAAUGUGCACAAAAUACUAAAUGGCAUUCUAAUCUAAAGACUGAGAUGAUAUUCAAAAUAACUGCCCAAAUUAGCAAUGCCUCAAAACAGGAAGUUAGAGCAGUUACUCCUUUGCCACUGCUGUUGACAAAGCUGUUAUCAUAAGUCCUGCCCCUUAAGUUAAUUGGCUAAUGAGGGAGUCAUUGAUGAACCUGUUCCAAAAGUUAAACUGUUAGCGUUAGCAAACUGCUAGCAACCGAUAGUUUAGUGAGUGGUGAGGACACUUGAGCAUUAAGGAUAUUGAGCUGGGAUAUAUUGGUUUUUAUUGAAAAUAAGCAAAAAAUAGCAGCUGUGGACACAUGCUAUUAUGCUCUUUUGACUUCUGGCUAGAAGCCAUACAUCACCACUGGGAGCAUGUGCAAAACACAUAGUCCAGUUUGGGACUGAUUGAGGUGUUUGCAUGCAGGAGUAAAUCGAUCUCCAUCGACAUCAUCUUUCCUAAAAUCUGGAGCAUGACCCACACUUUUAAAAUCUGUUUUUUUAAUCUAAAAAGUAUUUGUCCUGAUGAAGCGCCAAGGCAUGCUUUAUCAUCACUGUAAGUCUAUGCAGCCGCUUGAGCUUCACUGCUCAUAAUGUGCUGGAAUACAAAACAGCACAGACUACACCUGCAGGGGUUGGCGCCACUUUUUAACCACUUUUCUCCUUGUUAUAACCAUGCAUUUAAAGAAAAAGGUGGAAUAUACCGUUUGGAGACUGAAAGCACCCCUAAGUAGGAACAACAGGUCAUGGGCAAAGAGGGAACAGUGUUGUGCAGACUCCAACAGGUGCUACUAAAAAGGCAACAGCUGCACAGAAACUGCAGGUUGUGGACUUCACCAAACAAAAUUUUAAUCGCCAAGCUGUAGAAAUGUCUAAGCCUUUUUCUAAAACUGUUUAUAUUCCAGAUUUUACAAUUGGUUUGUUAGUCUGACUUUGAGAAAUUUGUUUAAUACAAUACUAGUUGGACGAACAUGUUAACCAACAUUUUAAAAAUCUAAUUUUAUCUGGGCUUACACAGUAAUUUAAGUUUUUUGAUUGCAUGUAAACAUACUGACUGCACAUGUUGGUGAGCACAAAGGAGUAGGAAGCAGCUUCAUUACGUGCACCAAGAUUGCACUGGUCCCACAAUAUCAGCGUCAUCACAGCCUCCCACUCAUCACAGUGAAAUUUCCUGAUUACCUGCUGCAUCCACACAUCAACUCACCUUGACUUCUUGCAGAAAUUAAGAGAAGGGCUGGCGGAGAAUGUGCACAAAAAUAUAAGAGUGAAAAAUGCUGCCACUUUAGUUCAACAUGUAGCCCUUCUCUGGAAUUUUCAGGAGUUAUGUUAAAGGGGUAAUGUGUGUUUGACUGACAAUGAGCUAUUCUGAUCAUAACCACUGUAUUGUUGAUUUUAUGAUGAUUACAUUUUAGAACAUUAGAUUAGACAACAUGUACUUGUCAGUUCAUUCUCCAUGUCUGCUUCAGAACUUCUUCAGCACAAUCUGAACGGAUGCUAGUGAAAAAAAGAAUAACACAAAUGAAUGUAUGAGUCAGGGGAGGAUGUGAGGUUGUAUUGGAAGCCUAGCAUCUCACAUGAUCUGGGAACAUAGUGUACAGUUAUUGGUGCAAGGUUUAGGUGGGAGGCUCUGUCUCUCUCUCUUUCACUGUCUUUCUCUCUCACGCUCACUCUCACUCUCCCCCUCUGAGGCUUCACCUCUCACUGCAGUGCCAGCAAAUCUGUCAGAACAUUUGUGGUUGUUAUGGUGACGGAUAUAAAGAGAUGACUGGAUUGGAGCUGAAACAAAAACUGGAUAAGGCAGAAAAAGGAGAGAACUGAUAAUGGGGAUAACUUAGUAAAUCAGGAUGAUGUAGCAGAAGAAAGGAGGCAGUAUGUGGCAAGAGCAGCACCGAAGAUUUCUGUGAAAAUAUUUGAGUAGAUUUGGAUAAAAGAUCAGGUGGGAAACUGUGGGAGGGAAAUAAAAGCAGGACAAGAUAAUGAAAGGGUGUUAGGUUGAUUUACUGUUAAUUUUCUUUUUCAAAGUCACCAUGACAACCAGGAGAAUUAUUAUUUCAACGUGUUGUCAGCAGUCGAGAACAGAACAUUCCUCUAUCCACUCUGCUCUGACAUAGCUGUCUGGAGUGGAGACAUAAACUGUUUGACCUAUUGUAUUUUUCUAUAUUUCCACAGUUAUGCGUCCAGGUGCAAUAAAAUGUCCAGAAUAUCCUCCCUAUAACAAUGUGUGAACAAAAAGCAUUUGUUCAGGUGCAUUCCAAUGAUUACGUGUUUUGUUUUACAUGACAUAACUUGUAUUAAGUUCAAGAUGCAGCUCCCAAGUUUGGAGCAUUAUCAAGUCAGAUUUUAACUUUAAAAUGCAAAUAAUUUUGUGCUGUUUUUAUAAAUUUAUGUCAUUUAUUCUAUGUAUUCCCUUUACUGAGCCAUGGGCAUCCAAGUGACUACUAGUAAGAAUUUUAGAAAGGUCCUAAGAUGUAAAAUGUAGCAUUAGCGAUAAAAAUAAUCCCCUUUAAACUUACUAAAUAUCAUGAUAUAUUUGAACAGAAAGCAUAAUAGGAUUCCUUCUUUAUGUACUACAUCAUUUUAUAAUUGUGUGUCCUUAGACAUGGGUGGCAUCAGAGGAGUUUGACCAAAAUUUCAAACUAGCAAGUGCAAUGUUUCUAAAACCACUAAAUAUAAUUUCUUAAGGUUUCAAACAUGAGACAAACUGUAAAACUUCAAUUAAUAGCCCAAGUUAUUUACUCAUUUACUUCAACUUAUGAAAUAUGUCUUUAUGUAUAUUGUGCUAAUUCACAGGCAAUGUUGUCUCAAGACACUUUACAAACCAGGGCAUAAACAGAAAUCUUGCAUUAAUUUUAAAACUUUUAAAGGCUCUGUUCAUGCAUUUGAAGACUUUUAAAGUCACACACUGUAUAUGUUUUGUACUGAUCGUAAGAUAAAAAUAUAACAAUAUAGAAUUGUGUCUUGUUGUAGCAUGUGAAACAAUCUUUCUAAACGCGUUUUGAGAUAGACCAUGAGGAUAAAACACCUCAGUUUGUUAGCCCAAAGUAGCUAUCAAUGGAAGAUCUAGUUUUUUGUACUUAAGCGGCCUAAAAGCAAAUUAUAGCCAUAGUGUUGUUGUAGAAAUCAUGCCACUCUUGCAGAUUAAAGCUAUAGCUCGUUAUAGUUGAGUUCUAAAAGGUUUAAGAGUUUAGUACCAUGUGUCUAGAAAGGCUGUGAAUUUUCCCAACAUAUAAUAAAGAAAUGCUGGCACAUCUAAAUUCAUUAAUCAUGUGUCCUAAGUAUGUAUCUUUAAAAACAAGAGCAUAAAAACUAGCCUACAUCCAUGCUUGAUGAAUAUAUAAAUGAAAUGCUAAAAAUUUUAAGACCCUCUAGGGGUGCAUGUAAGACUUUUUAAUACAUUUUAAAGCCUGAAUUUUCCAUAAAUGGAUUUUUUAGACCCCCAGAUGCCCUGAGGUCAAGACCCAACAUUAAGUGUCUUGGGUGCAGCACUGAGCAACAUUCAGCAACGUUACUGUUAGUGCUGUACAAUUUGGUAUCAAUGUGCAAUUGCGAUUAUACUGGACAGUUUGCAGCUUGUUAUUGUGAUUUUGUUAUAACACAUAAAUGGUAUAAUGAGUCUACCUGCCUCGUUAUCAUGGAAAAUGCAGAGAAUGAUGAUAAUGUUGAAAUGUGCAUUUCUCAAGUUUUUACGGCAUUGCAUACAUUUAACCAUUUUUAUUGCAAAAUGGAUGCUCAAAAGAUGGGUUAGUGAAGCAGUGAACUUUGACUUUCACAUUCAUGAAAAUGUAUAAUAAAUACAGUGAAAUUUCUUCAGAAGCAAUUUAUCCAUAGUAGCCUGCAUCUGAUUAUGAGAAUACAGCAAGUGUUUUGCCAUAUAGGAGGAAGCUGGGGUGAAGGAGGUUGAGCUUUGACAGCAGCGGCAGUGUGAUGCAUAAGCACUGAUGAAACAGGGAUUCAUGAGAAGGACGUCAUGUAAGAGCUAAGAGCUUUGAUUGGCCAUGAGAGCUGGGAGGUGAUAAAUGGGGUCAGCUAGCUUAGCUGAUCAAGGCUAGGUGCAUGGCUUCUGUGUCCUGCAUGAACUAAUGCAAAGCUUCAUAUUUUCCAAAAAAUAAAAGUUUUUCUUUACUGAAGAAAAAGUACUUAUACAACUACAAUAGUGGCACUGCUGCAGGUAUUUCUGUAAACCUUUAAAGCACUAGUUAAUAUAAAGUAAAAGCAGCCUUUUAGCCAUUAUGUAAUUGCACAUCCUGCAUCCGUGAUUACAAUUGCCUUUAUUUGGGACAGUUGUCAAUCCGAGACAGGCCCUAUGUAAUUAAACUCAUGCACAGAAAAGAUAGGACAAUUAUCAACUAUAGACUAUUAUAAUGUAUACCAACAAAAAAAAUGUAACUAAUAUCACUCUCAAGACUAAGCUAGCCUACGGAGCAAUGUAUAUAUAUCAGAAUGUCUUUACUUCCUUUUAGUAUAUGCUAUAGCAUUAAUAUUUGGCACAGGAGAUGAAAAAACAAAUGUUUUCAUAACUUCACAAUUAUUUUCUCUCUAAAGCCAGCACACUGCCUGCCAAUCCCUGGGGUUUAAAUUUCAUUAGGUUUUAACUUGAAGAAGCAUUGCAAAUAUUUUGUGGACAGAAACACUCAUAUGCAUCCUAAGAUCAUCUCUUACAUUGUUUUCCCCACUGUUACCCUUUAUUACCCGGUAUUUCUUGGCACUAUGUUGAAGUGUAUCUUCAUUUUUUUGUGUGUUGCUGCUUUUUCCCAUUGUGUUUGAACAAUCUCAUAACAAAAUGGAUAAUGGCCUGUAAUUGCCUUUAUUUGUCAAAAUGUGCAGCAACACUUGACUAGUAAAAGAGACAGGGCCUUAAAUUAGGAUGGGCUUUUAUUUAAAGUUUUAUGGUAGUCUUUCAAAGUUAAACAGUACCUCAGUGAAGCACGUGCUCCAUACCAAAGUUUUCAGUGAAUUGCCAGCAGAGACAGUCAGCAGUGUGUAUGUGGACCUUGUGAAUGGAAAUUCCUGUUUUGUAUUCUGAGCCUUUGGGUAGUUUUCACUGGACAUCAACAAUAUAUAACAUCAAAUGAAUAAAUGUCCAAUGUCCUUAGAAAGGCUGAUAUAUAAAUAAAUGUGUUGGAAUGCUGUAUUUUUGUGGAUGGCUGUAACAUAAUCCAGCUCAAUCUCCCUUAAAGUAAAACUGGUUGAACCUAUGUCAGAGCAAGAGGAAGUGAACAGAUUGCUUCAUAAUCUUUGGAGACAUGCCCACAAGUCAACAACACUACCUGUGUGCCCCACAGGAAUGCCGCCUUACGCUACAUGAGGCACCUUUCGCAAGGCCAUCUGUGUUUAAAGUGGUAUAAAGCUGGCCUCGGAAAUAUGAAUGUUUUCCUUUGGGAAUUAUUAAAAGGCCACUAUGGGUCCUUGCACACUAGAAGCUGUAAACUGGCAGGCCUUUUUCACAUGGCACAAAGUGGUUGCCUUUUAUUUGCUUGAAUACUUCUGUAGAAAUAUCUGUAAUCACAAGUGACCUUAUGCUAUUUCUAUGCAAUCAUUUUUUCAUGACAGUACAAGCCAGCAUUGCAAUACUUAUCACUUACAUUACUAAAAGAAACUUGUAUUUAACAUGUACCUAUUACCCAUAACUGCCACCAUUUGUAAACCUUAUUGUAUGCAUUAAAUGUAGGCCAUAUUUUAUGUAUAGGUUACUAACACUCAGGAGGGAGGAACAUGAAUAUUUGUACUCAACUGCUUAAGUAUGGUUGUGAACACCUUUUCUUUAAUGUAUUAUACUUUUUUCAUUCAUUGUUUUCAUUGUUUUAAUUGAAAUUGAAUUAGUAUGCUGGCAAUUAAAAAGUCUAAUCAACUAAAAAUGUCAGCUCAAAAUGUUGGUUUUCCAUGUUCUGUUAUAACCAUUUUGUUUUCAAUUCUAAUAGUCAUAGGUCAUUCAAAUGUAC